AUGCCCGAUCAAGCCACCUAUGGAAACUGGAAAGAGGUCGUCGUCGAUGGCCAUACGUGCGAAUUAUUCGAGCCAAGCCAGCGGAACGAACAUGGAUAUGUGGCAAUCUAUCUGCACGGAGUUCACCUAGGCAAACUGUGGAACAGCUCAGCAUUCGUCGAGCAAUUCGAACGAUUGGGGCUGCCAGUGAUCGCUCCGGUAACCGAGCGAAGCUGGUGGACCGAUCGAAUUUGUCCAGAGUUUGAUCGCGAGCGAUCCGCUCAGACUUAUUUGCUAGAGAGUGUGCUUCCGUUUGUGGAAGCGGAAUAUGACGCGAAGACGCCAAAGAUUGCUCUGUUUGGGACGAGCAUGGGGGGGCAGGGAUCGCUGAGGUUUGCGUAUAAGUUUCCUGAUGUCUUUCCGGUCGUAGCGGGGGUGAGUCCGGCGAUUGAUUAUCAAAAUCGGAUGCGGGAAGACGACGAAGACAACCUCUGGCAAAUGUAUGACAACGCCGAACAGGCCCGGCAAGAUACGACCACGCUUCAUAUUCACCCACUGAAUUGGCCUCGGAAUCAAUUCUUUUGCUGCUGCCCCGAGGACACCUCUUGGUGGGAAAGCUCCGAUCGAUUACGAAUGAAAUUGGAAUCGCUCGGGGUUCCACAUUCGUGCGAUCUGGAAACCAAGGGAGGGGGACAUGGCUUCAAUUACUACAGCUUGAUGGCCCCGAAAGUGGUGCAGUUCCUGUGGGACUCGCUAGAAAAAGAACGCCGCCGAAAAUUGAUGCUCAUCAUCCCGACGCUCGACCGCUCGGGCGCCGAGAAACAGCUGACGCUUUUGGCGAAGGGAUUGCCGCGCGAUCAGUUUGAUGUCUCAGUCUGUUGUUUGACGCGAGGAGGGCCGUAUAGCGAAGAGCUGACAUCGUCUGGAAUUCCAGUCACCGUGAUCGGCAAGAAGUUGAAGAUCGAUCCGGCCGCGUAUUGGCGGCUCAAGAAGCAUAUCCAAGAGGUCCGACCUGACAUCGUUCAUACGUGGAUCUUCGCGGCGAACAGCUACGGCCGAAAGGCAGCCCAUGCCGCAGGGGUGAAGCACAUCUUGUGUGGUGAACGGUGCGUUGAUCCUUGGAAGAUAACGCACGAACAUUUGAUCGAUCGCUAUCUCGAUCGG